UUCACAUUACCAUGCAAUCUCAGUCCGAUAGAAAAUUUCGCGUUAAUUUGACGUCUUUUACAAAAAUGAAUUUAUUAUUAUCUGUGUUCGCUGUUUGCUUUAUUACUGUGUUGGGAGAUCAGUGUCGAACAUCUGUGAACUUGCCAGACCCAAAACUCGGAUGCUGUGGUGUUCAUCUCGCUGCAUCACACACACGCGACAUGGGUGAUACAGCCUUAAACCAAUACCCAUGGCUGGCGCUCAUAGAAGAUCCCAACGGUAGAAUAACUUGCACGGGAGCUUUGAUCAGCUCCAGAUAUGUAUUGACCGCUGCGCAAUGCGGCUUCAGAGAACCAAAGAGCAUCCGUUUUGGGGAGUACAAUAAAACCAACUCCGAACUGGACUGCCUCAUGGUGAACGGAGCCAAGAAGUGUGCGGAUAGAGUCCUGACUGUCCCAAUAGAAUACAUGAAGGCCCAUCCUGAGUUCUCGACGCAAAACCCGAGACUGCACGACUUGGCACUUAUUAAAUUGAAGACAUCAGUUCCUUACACGGAAUACAUCAGGCCCAUAUGCCUCCCAAGCUCUGACAUCAACACAUCUCCACCAAAGGGUCGGCCCUUGAUAGUUGCAGGUUGGGGCAGCAAGCCUUCAAGUCUUCAGGAAGAUGAUGUGGUCAAACAUUUCGUUGAACUUCCUUACAAGUCCUUAGAGCAAUGCAAAGCCGCCUACGAGAAAUACCAUCCAGGCCACUUCACCAUCACAAACUACCAGAUAUGCGCUGGCGGUGAAAAGGACAGAGACUCCUGCAGAGGAGACGGUGGCGGUCCUCUCAUGUAUGAACAAAAUGGUCAUCACACAGCCGUCGGCGUCGUCAGUUUUGGUCCGAAGCAGUGUGGUACCAAUGGGAUACCUAGUGUUUACACGAACGUCUUCAAGUAUAUGCCCUGGAUACGGAGCGUGGUUAGGGCUUAGACCUAAGGUCCUCAAAAAGUUACGUUACAAUAUUUCUCGUGUUUGUGUCGUUACGUUGUGACUAAAACACUCCAAUAGAUAGGUCGGAGAAUAGUAAUGUCCCCUAUACUUUAUACUCCUAAAUUAUUAUUAUUGGUAUUUGUAAUCCAAAUUUAUUUAUUUCCUUAAUUUUUUAACCUUCCACAAUCUGAUAAUCCAGAAGAAAAAUUGCAGAGUCAAGUAGUUUUUGUAUAGCAACAGUAUAUCAAUUUGGAACUUAACGUAAGCACAUAUACUAUUUUAACUGAAUGUAUAUACCUAUGCCAAUACACAUAGUUCAAUGUGACUGAAAAGAUGACAAACAGGAAAACUAUGGCAUACUAUUAUUGUUUAAUAAUUGGAGGAAAUAUAACAUAGGAAAUAGCAAUUAGGAUUUGUUAUAAAAGACUUACAAUAAUAGUCUAUUAAUAGGUGUAAUAAUUUAAGAAAUAUCUGUUAAUAGCGUAAUUAUUUAGUAUUAAAUAGUUCGGAAAUA